AUGGCACCGGAGAAUGCUAACAGUAGAUACAGAAAUGACUUCAAGGAAAUUCAUUUGCUGGGCAAAGGCGGAUUCGGAUUUGUCACCAAAUGUCAAUCGCGAUUGAAUGAAGAGUGCAUUUAUGCGAUUAAGUGUAUUCAAAUGGGCCCUCAGUGUGAGUCCUUGGAGUUUAUGCUUCGCGAGGCUUCGAACCUUGCUCGGUUGCAGCAUAAGAACGUGGUCCGGUACUUUACUGCGUGGAUUGAGCGGGAUGUUGGAGAGAGCCAGGCGUGCGAGACGGGAAAAAGCGAAGCAGGAAAGAGCGAGAGGGCAGAUAGAGAGGCCGGAAAGGGCCAGGCUGGAAGAUUCAGGGUCGGAAAUAGCGAGGCGGAAUUGAGAGGUUUCAACCGCGGUUUCAGCCGCGAUUUCAACCGCGGUGGUCCCCGAAGUAGCAAGUCCGUAGUCUGGGAAUCGGGUUCGGAAGAUGGCGGUUUGAGAACCUCAGGCAGCUUUGACCUGGCGGCCCUUCAGGACCACGACGACCAAAGGUUGGACGACCAAAGAAUAGGCGUCGGGCCAUCAGGAGACGGUGAUAGAAGGGAGCCGUCGAAAGAUUUGGUGGACUCCUUUUGGAAGAAGGCGACCAGAGUGACCCCGGCAAGCUCGUAUACGGACAGUAAUUACACCGUUGGUUUUGGCGAGAGUAGCGAGAGUAACGUGGUGCGGUUUGAUGAGGACUCUUCUCAUGCGGAAAAGUCCGGAAUAUGGUUUCCCCCUGCAAGCAUCCAAGUGAACUCCCCGAUAGGCACGCAGCCGGGCAGCCCGACAAUAGCGCCUACAAAAGAACUCGCAGAGAAAUCUCAGUCGAAAGAGGUUGGUGCUCUGUCCACAGUAGAUAGCAAUGUGUGCCGGUCGGUCUGCCCGGAAGGUGUCUGCCCGGAAGGUGUCUGUGCAGAAGGUGAUGCACUCAUCCGCGGAGAGCACAGAGUCAAGCCUGGAAACGCCUCAGUGACUGGAACGAGUCCCCAGAGCCUCCUUACUUCUGAAGGCCGCACUCCCGGUGGUGUCAGACGUGUGGGGGCCACUUCGCACAGUUACUUCGAGAACGCCGCCGCUUCGGGGUCAUUGAGUGCCUGGCGGAGACGCGACGAUUCAUGCAACACAUUAUACAGCAGCACUGACAUGAGUAGAACCAGCAUCCGUAGAACCAAACUGUACAUCGUGAUGGAGUAUGUGGACGGCUGUACGCUACGCAAACUCAUUUCGAACCGUCUUUGCGACCAACCGGAACUUGCCUGGGACCUCUUCGUCCAGAUCCUAGAAGGCCUCUCCUACAUGCACAAAAACAGACUCUUACAUCGAGACGUUAAGCCUGAAAACAUUUUUCUGAAGGCAAGUUGUGAGAAGACGAAUGGAGAGAAGACAAAUGGAGAGAAGACAAAUGGAGAGAAAGGAAAUGGAGAAAAGGUCAAUAACAAUAAUGAGAAGACCGGUAGUGAGAAGACCGGUAGUGAGAAGACCGGUAGUGAGAAGACCAGCAGUGAGAAGACCAGCGGUGAGAAGACCAGCGGAGAGAAAAUCAGUGGUGAGCAGAUUGGUGGCGGCGAGAAAACAAGCAGCGGUGAGAAGACGAGUGGUGUUGAGAGGACGCAUCUAUAUCAGGUGAAGAUUGGUGAUUUGGGACUGAGUAAGAGUUUGGAGAACAUGUCGCCUUCUACAUCGGGGAAGGCAGGUUUAGUAGGUUUGUCUGAGACGACUUCUUUGAGUAGUGGUGUUGGUACGCAUUUCUAUAUAGCCCCGGAGGUAGAAGCCGGUGGUCGUUAUGAUCAGGCGGCGGAUAUUUACGCUUUGGGUGUGGUAUUUUACGAGAUGUUACAUGCGCCGUUUGGUACUACCAUGGAGCGUUUUCAAGUCCUGACAAAGCUGCAAAGGACGCGGAAGGUGGAGGGUGUGAGUAACGAGAAGGCAGCGCAGUUGAUUGCGGAGAUGUUAUCACCGGACCCAUCUGAGAGGCCGAGUGCUGCCAAGUUACUCGAGAGGUGCACAGGCGUUGGGACCGCGAUCGACUUUGGCUCAGUUAUAGACCGUGUGCUGGAGAAUCCAUAUAGUUACGAGAUGAUGAAAGUUCUGGCCUGUCUAUUUAACCGAAAGGAGCCGGAGCCGAACGGUCUUCGUCAGCCAUCCAACUCGUUCUCCAUCGCGAUCCCGGAAAAAGGAGGUGAAGAGCCUCUACCCAUUGGAAACUACUCAUUUGGACCAAGUUAUCACAGCGGACCAGGUUACGGAACGAAUCAUACUGGACCGAUGAUGGCCGAGCCGGUUUAUGAGAACCCACAUGCUCAGAGGUUGCGGAGUUUCGUUCAUCGAAGCAUGCGUUGCUGCAAUGCUCUGUUCUACGACCCGCCAGUCCUUGUUCCGUACAACGAAAAGUGCAUUGGCUGGUUCGAGUCCGCCCAGCGAUUCGUCGACACCUCUGGCAGCGCAUUACAACCGCCAUCGUGUUUCGUCUACGUAAUGAAGACGACACUCAUGGCUGUGCAGAACGCCACUGUAUGUAGACGCUACACACUUGGCUACGUCCGAGGCAAUUUCACCGGCAGCCCCAAGCAUCCCUCUUCGCCUCACACGAAUGCGCACACGAAUGCGCACACAA